CGCGUCACGUGAUCCACCCAAAAUAUUUAAUGGCUGCCAACUCAUCGAUAUGUUGACGGUUUGUCGUUAAUGUCUACCAAUCUUGACAGUUUCCGCUGGGAAAUUAUUCAACCGUGGUAUUCCGAUGAACCUCCUCGAAAUGCAGAGAAUAUUAUUUAUUUUCGCAACGUUAAUCGCGUACGUACAUUGCAUAAGGUUCUAUCUGGAGCCUAAUUCGUUAAAAUGUUUAAAAGAAGAAGUUCAGGCGAACGUUCUGGUAGCUGGAGAAUACGAAGUUUCCGUCACACCGUCCGUUAAAACCGAAUAUGUCAUACGGGACUCCAAGGGACAUAUUCUACAUAAAAAGGACGACAUACCUCAUGGAAAAAUGCUAAAAUUUACAUUUGUCACCGAAGUGUAUGACACGUUCGAGAUUUGCUUCAUGGCCCACGCCUUGCAACCAUCCUUCUCUGGUAAGAACAAACAAGAGAUUUAUUUAAUUACAAAGCGAGGUAUCGAGGCAAAGAGCUAUGAAGGAAUAGGCGAAGCAGCCAAAUUGAAACCUUCGGAAGUGGAAUUGAAACGUUUGGAAGACUUAUCUGAAGCAAUUUUUAAAGAUUUUGCUCGAAUGCAAAAGAACGAAGAAGAAAUGAGAGACACCAACGAGACAACAAACACUCGAGUGUUGCAUUUCAGUAUAUUUUCCACGUGUUGGCUGUUGGUGCUUUCUACUUGGCAGGUCUUCUAUCUGAGACGCUUUUUCAAAGCGAAGAAACUUAUUGAGUAAAUAGCAAGAAGAAACUGGGAAUUUACAAACUUUUCACAAAAUUUUAUUUAUUUAAUUUUAUUAUUUUUAAUUCGAAAGCAGAUUAUCAGGAUUAUGGGAAAAAUUGACCAACUCGUACUUUGUAUAUUUCAUUACAUUUGAAUAAAGCAAUCAACAAUGUUAUAAUUACAUAAGUAUACAAAUUUAAAUUUUUCUUUUAUAGCCCUUCAAAUUUUUGGGAAAUGUAUCAAAGGUUUAUAAAAGAAAGAUUUAAAAAUCUAUAAAGUAAAAUAAAAAGUAUGUGUCGGUAAUACAGAACCUGAACUAUAAAAGAUAGAAAAUGUUUCAAUUUGUCUAAUUGAUUAUGCGAGGUUAUAGUAUUUUCCUGUUCGUUUAUUUAUAAGUAAAAUAGAAAGUAGGCGUCGGUAAUACAGAAUCUGAAUUAUAAAGAGUUGAAAUUGUGAAAAGGAGGAAAGAAACAGUAUCAGAUUGAAAGUAUGUAAGGAGAUUUAAGGAAAACGAAGGUAAAAAUAUUCAAGCACAAGAAAGAAUAGGAAUAAAGGAAAAAAGUGACGGGAUUUAAGUGAGGUUAGAUCGCCAAUAUCAAACAAACCGAACGACCAAUAAAACAGACAGCACAAAGAUUUCAUGCUUCUGAAAGAAUAUUAUACACGUUAAAGAGCAUAAUAACUUAAGUGAUAGCUUAUUGAAAAUAUUUCCUUAUUGAGU